GUUCUGGCAUGGUCAGCUGACGCCACUUGUGUUUCAAUGCAAACCAAACAAAUACAAGGAGAGCCAACGAAGAACGUUGAGAGUCAUGGACACAUUGGCUAAUUAUGGCUCGGGAUCCUCGGGCGAGGACUCAGAGGACGACCAAAUGCCCCAGGUCAAGCCCAAAAAGAUCAGCGCAGAGGAGAGCCUUCAUUUGCAACCCACCACAUCCAGUUUUGCCAAGAAAAUGGAGGUGGCGAUAACGAACGCGGCGCCAUUAGUCCAACCCAAUGAAGCCAUGGAUCCUCGUCGUCAUUUGGAUCCCAACACGAAGGAAGUCAAAUAUAAUCCUCGUUACGAGGAUCUGUAUGCGCCCGUGGUGGGACCUGCUAACCCGCAUCAAUCCGAACAAGAAAAGGCGCCCAAGAAUAUGCUCACCGGGUUCACAGAAGAGGCCCAUUUGUCGGAUUUCCAGUUUGAAUUGCAACGGAAAACCUUUCAUAGCUACGGAUACGCUCAAGAUCCAUCCGUCAACGUAGAAGGGGAAGGGAUCAAGGUGAUUGGUAAGAUUGAAAACGUGGAAGAGGUCGACUCGCUCAAGACGGUUUUUGAAGAUACCGAGGUCCGUCCGAAAGACAAACGAAAACGUCUCAAGAAUGCCGACCCCAGUGAUAUCGAAGGGUACUUGGGUCCCUGGGGUGCAUUUGAGGAUCAAGAGAAGACCAGUGCUCCUUCGACCGAGGACAAGGAGUUCCUGGAGGAGUACAUGGCCAAAAUGAAGAAGCGCGCUAAGAAGCAAACUGACGACAAACCCAUCGAAGAAAAGACCACCCUGCACAUCAAAGAUCCGUACGAUUACCAAGGUCGGUCGUUUCUGCAUAUUCCCCAGGAUGUGGGCGUAAACUUGAAGUCUGACGUACCCCCCGAAAAGUGCUUCAUUCCCAAGAGACAGAUCCACACGUGGACCGGCCACACCAAGGGCGUGUCCUGCAUGCAAUGGUUCCCCAGAUCUGGCCAUCUCCUACUAUCCGGAGGCAUGGACUCGAAAGUGAAGUUGUGGGAAGUGUACAACAAUCGCAGAUGUGUGCGCACCUACGUUGGCCAUAAGAUGGCGGUGAAGGCCAUUGAUUUCAACAAUGCCGGUAACAAGUUCCUCUCCACCAGUUACGAUCGGCACAUCAAGCUUUGGGAUGCAGAGACCGGAGAUUGUAUUGGACGAUUCUCGAACAACAAAGUGGGUCAUUGCAUCAAGUUCAAUCCGGACGAGGACAAGCAGGAUCUGUUUGUGGUGGGCACGGCGGACAAGAAGAUCGUGUGUUGGGAUAUCCGAUCCAACGAGAUCGUUCAAGAGUACGAUCGACAUCUCGGAGCCGUGAAUACGAUCACGUUCGUGGAUGAGAAUCGACGAUUUGUGACCACGAGUGAUGACAAGUCCAUGCGCGUUUGGGAAUGGGAUAUUCCCGUGGACAUGAAAUACAUUGCGGACCCGUCCAUGCACUCCAUGCCUGCCGUGGCCAAAGCUCCGAACGAGAAGUGGCUGGCUUGUCAGUCGUUGGACAACAAAAUCUGUAUCUUUACUUGUGGCGAGAAAUUCCGUCCGUACAAGAAGAAAGAGUUCAAAGGUCACAUGGUGGCUGGAUAUGCGUGUCAAAUGUCGUUCUCUCCAGAAAUGAGUUACUUGGCCAGUGGUGACGGAGAUGGAAAGGUUUGCAUAUGGGAUUGGAAAACCACGCGAAUGGUGGCCAAAUGGAAGGCCCACGACCGUACCUGCAUUUCUGUUCUUUGGCAUCCGCACGAAACGAGCAAACUGGCCUCAGCCGGUUGGGACGGAAGCAUCAAGUAUUGGGAUUAGGAUGAAGGAGAUAUGACAUAGAAAUAAACAAUCUUGAACCGUCAAACGAGAAUUGUUUGCUA